AUGCUCAAGCUCAUCCUUAGCUUACUCAGUCCAGCCACUGCUGUGAGGCUAGUCACUACCACGACACUGCCGGCCGUCUCCCCGGAGCGUGCCAUUCGCUUCCUCUCGACUCCAUCAAACUGGCCGAUUAUCGUGCUCUCCUCGUGGGCGGUACGCGGCACUGACAUCGACCGGCCGCUUGCGCCCGGAGAGGCGGUCGACGAAAUAUUCGGCUUGCCGCCGCUGCUGCCGCUCGAGGUGUCUUGGACCUGCACGUCCAUCGGCGAGUCCACCGCGGUGUUUGACUCUCCCUCUGGCCUCGCGGGCGUCGCAGAGAACUGCCAGAUGGACUUUGUGGCGGAGAAGGACGGCGCCGGAGGCUCACUGCUGCGGCUCGCUAUGUCGUAUGAACCUCUCAGCCCGCUCGCAAAUGCCGCGGGAAUAUAUCGGUGGCAGAUGGAUCGCAGAUCCCAUCUCGGUGAGCUCAAAAAAAUAGCGCGCUCUCUCCUCUCUCUCUCUCUCGCCUUCACCACACUACUCGCAAGCAUCUGCAAGCCCAAGGGCUCUCAUACGUCAUAG